UUAUAGAGUCAACACGCAAAGGGAAAGUAGGUAUUGUGUUGCGGAACGGUGUCGACCUCACACGGCGCUCGGGGUUUAGCAUGAGGCUCGGCCCAAGGUGACCGACUGCGGUCGCCCGCCGCCGCCCACUGCACGCCGCCGCUAGUCGCUACCAGUUUCGCUGAUUACUCUCCAACCUGUCACAUUCCUUUACGUAACCUGUCCCAUCGAGAUCGCUCACGCUGCAUUGCGUCGUCAACCAUCAUAAUGCAGAUCUUGCUCCGCGUGUUUUGGUUGCUGAUGAUAGUGGCGCCAUCUCUGUGUCGGCCGUACGAUCCGGAGGACGAUGAUCUGAAGAGCGUGCUGCCAUCUAACGGGAAAUUUGAGGCGUUCUAUCCCCGUGAGGCUCAUGGGAUUCCGAACGGAUCGUCACGGCCUGCGCACGGGCACGGUAGUUUCUACAAAUAUCGCAACCCGGCGCUAGUGGACGUGAAAAACGCUGCAGCAUACGGAUUCCGCUUUGACGGUAUGAGGAGGUUCAAUUUUGACGAUGACGAAUGAUAUGCUCAUUUAGUUCAAAUAUAGAAUAUUUUUAAA